ACAACUCACCCGUGAGCCGAGCCGAGACCCCCAUUAAAAAACUGCGACUUGGCUAGCAAGCGCGCGCGAGUGAGUAGAGCGCCCCCUGCCACCGGGUCUCGUCAACGCCCACGGCUCGUUCGGCCGCCGCUGCACAACGACAGGCAGCAACCGUGAGGGGGAGAGAGGACCCAGCAGCCAAGAAGCGGAUAAGCGACGAUGGAGGUGGGCGGUGCGAUGGCUUCCGUGCUCUUCGCGGCCUUCUCCCUGCCGUGCCUCCUCCUCCUCCUGGUCCUCGGCGAGGCCGGCCUCCGCGUCGCCGCGCUCGCGCUCCGCGGCGGCGUGGGCGGGCACGCCUGGCCCACGCGCUCCGUGUUCCUCGGCUACCGCAUCUCGCGCCCCGGAGGCGGAGGCUCGUCCUCCUACUCCUUCCAUGGUGACGACGAGCCGCCGCUGCCGUCCGAGUGCUGCGACCGCCUCGCCGUCGCGCUGUACCGCCGCGAGCAGGCCGGGCCGGAGGCAGAGUGCGUGUUCUGCCUGUCCGGCAUCGGGGACGGCGAGGAGGUGCGCGAGCUCCGGUGCCGCCACGUCUUCCACCGCGCCUGCCUCGACGCCUGGCUCGUCCGCCCGCGCGCCACCUGCCCGCUCUGCCGCGACCGGCUCCUCCCCUCCGAGCCGCCCCGCGCCUGCAGCGCCGAAAGCGACGUCGACAUCGACGGCUACUUCGUAGACGACGAUGCCCAGGACCUCUCCUCCUCGUCCUCGUCCUCGCCCUCCUCCACCUUGCCGGCCGACGCCGUAUCCGCCUACGCCCACGGCGGCGCGCUCUGGCACAUGACGUGAAUACCUGCGAUCUUUCUUCUUGCUUGUUAAAUGUAUUUGAUUUUUUUUUUCCAUUUCUUCGACCUGUUGAGCUGAUCGAUGAUAGUGUAGAUGACCAGUCCUGGUCCUGGUACAUAGCACUAGCUAGGAGCACUGCAGUACUGCUCCCAUUGUUGUUCGUGUUCACUUGCUUGGUUCCAUCAUCCAUGGAUAACGACGGCUCACCUGCCUCUCUUCUUUAA